GUUGAAGAUUCAGAGGUGUAUCAUGAUGUAACUGCAGUGUGUGGGUUGCUUGCUGUGGUUGUAAUAUCUCACCUACCCAGAGAUGCUGCCAUUGAAUGGCAUGUUGUUGCAGUAGUUGACGAUCCACUCCAAAGAAGACAUUUUGCAAUGAAGAUGUUGUCAGAAGGCUUCCAAAUUGAGUGUGAAUCUGUGGAGUCUAGUUCUGCAUCUUGUGCAUCGAUCUCUGUACGUCUCAGCUUGAUUUCACCAUCCACUUCUCAGCUUGAUUUAGAUGGACCUCUUCAUGACUUAGUUGCUAUGUUUAGACAAGCUGUUGAGAAACUUUCAGAAAACUGCAGUGAAAGUCCUUUGUCUUUUAGAGCUUUCUUCAAGGAGAGUGUCUUUGAUGCUGAAACACUACAAACAGGACUGCAAGAAUACCUUGAGAAAUAUUUGGGCAAGAAGACCCCAGCUCUGAUUUUAGUACCUGUGGUGGAUUUACCUGGCAAGGAAGUUAUUCAUAUAACAUGCUGGCUAAGCUAGCAGUUUAAAAGCGAUGAGUUGAUAUUAAAACACACAUUCCAUCCAGGAAAAAACAAAGAAAAGAACUGAUCAGAACUGUGUUGGAUACUUUCAUUAAGCGAUAUUGUAUGAUUUAAGCAAAGUCAUAUUUAGCUUGUUAAUGAUGCCUCAUGAUAAGUGACGGAGUCAUCUUUGUAUGAACAAUAAAGGUUUCUUUUC